AUGCACGACGAAUGCUACACUCACCAACGAGGACGAGAGAAAUGCGACGAGGAAUUCUGUGAAUGCAAUCGGCGUACCUCGAUCCUCAACAAUAAAUGUCGUGAUUUUCUGGAGGCGAGCUGUUCACUUGUUCAAAUUCUCGGAUUCGUUGCGUACAGCAAUAGCGUCAACUACACUGAACCGGUCAACCUUGUGAAGUACACAUUACACAACGACUAUUUGAAGGUUCGCUACAGUGACAUCUACGGGCUAUGUCCGAAGGUCAACGGUGAGGAAGCAACACUAUCAUCAUGUGCUUUACAACAUAAUCUGUGCGAAAAUUCGGCGGUUGAAUGCGCUGAUUCACUGUCACAAUGUCUGCGCGAAGCUGCUACGGUGGACGGAAGUACGACUUGUCAUGAUGCUGUCGAAGCGAUGUGCAACGUCACAUUCGAAGAAGCAAACAGUUGGAGAAAUGUCUUCAUGGAUCCGGAAUUCUUGGGAUCGAAUAUACUGAAACUGAUGAUGGGUAUUUCUUUGGUGAUUUUGCUGUUCUGCAUCAUUCUACUUCGCCCAAAUCGUAAAAUCGAUGAGAAGCUGCUCAGGUACUCACGGGUCUGA